AUAGCACAAGGGUUAACAUUUUUUUGUCAAAAAAAUGAAGAAUUUUGUAAAACAUAUUCAGGACCUGCACUUGAACGUUGUAUUUUUAAAAUCAUUUUGUUGUGUUUUGUGUUAAGUUCAGCUCCAGACUUGACCUGGCUCCAUUUAACCUGCAGCUGGGGUUUGUUAAUUGUAACCUAAAUCAAAUCUAACUGCAGUCAUUUCAAAGGAGCACUCCGUCCUGGGUGAUUGCAGGGGAUGAUGGAGCUUUUGUUUAAAGCAGCACCUCGCCGGCCCCCACCACCCUGCCGGUUGUGGUUAUGUGAGGCAAAGCUUUCAUCUCAGACCAGGAGAAAGCUGAACAGCAGCUCAGCAAACCAAAAACCUCAGAGAGGCGCAAGGAAACAAAACCAGGUAAGCUUAUUUUGACCUAAAAAACUCUUAAUCUAAACUCAAAUAUAUUAAAUAAAAAGCAGUUUUUAAAUCUAUAUUUUAAGGAUUUUUGUGAGAUACAAGUGUCUGUUUUUAAUAGGAUGUCUGCAGAACCGGCGACCAUUGGGAGUCCGAACUGUGGCUCUGCGUGCAACCUUUCCCUGGAGAUCCCAACGCCACCGCAGCUGGUCGACGCCUGGUUGGUGCCCACUUUCUUCUGCCUCAUCAUGCUGGUCGGUCUGGUCGGGAACUCGCUGGUCAUACAUGUGAUCACGAAGCAUCAGCAGAUGAAGACUGUCACCAAUUUCUACAUAGUCAAUCUGGCUACUACUGACAUCUUGUUCCUGGUGUGCUGCGUUCCCUUCACCGCCACUCUGUACCCUCUGCCCAGCUGGAUCUUUGGGGAGUUCAUGUGCCGUCUGGUCAAUUAUCUACAACAGGUGACUGCGCAGGCGACUUGCAUCACCCUGUCUGCCAUGAGCGUGGACCGCUGCUAUGUGACGGUCUAUCCUCUGCAGUCGCUGCGACACCGCACCCCCUGCUUGGCUCUGGCCGUCUCUGUGUCCAUCUGGAUAAGCUCCUUGCUUCUGUCCAUCCCUGUGGUCGUGUACACCCGUCUAGAGGAAGGAUACUGGUUUGGCCCACAGAUUUACUGCAGCGAGGUCUUCCCCUCUGCUUUUGUCCAGAGAGCCUUCAUCAUUUACAACUUUUUGGCCAUCUACCUCCUCCCCCUUCUGACCAUCGUUGCCUGUUACACCUUCAUGCUCAAGCGCAUUGGCCGACCCAGUGUGAAUCCCAUCGACGGCAGCUACCAAGUUAGAGCUUUUGACUAUUUUUGGUCAAAGUGCAAUAGAUUGUUACAAAUACUUGAGCAACACUUAUUCUUUGCAGCUCCAGGCUCAGGCGGAGCGAGCAGCAGCCGUCCGAGCUCGAGUCUCCCACAUGGUGAAGGUUAUAGUGGUCCUCUUCCUCAUCUGCUGGGGCCCCAUCCAGUUCUGUGGGCUGCUGCAAGCUUUUGGCCUCCACAGCUACUUUCUAUACAAACUAAAGAUUUGGGGCCACUGCUUGUCCUACUGCAACUCCUCCAUCAACCCACUGGUUUAUGCCUUCAUGGGCAACAACUUCAAGAAGGCUUUCAAACAUGCUUUCCCAGCCUUUCUUCUGUGGCGCGCCAGGAGAAGAGUCCGGGUGGGACAUUUAGACACGGAGGACGGCAGAGAUCAGCAACCACCCAAAGGAGAAGCUGAGCUGCAUUUCCUUUCAUCUGAGUCCUAAAGGCCACGCAGGCCGUUCAUGCGGUGCGCUCAUUUUUUAUUAAUAAACCUGCUCUGGAGUGGUGUGAACAUAAACACAUGAUCAGAAAAGAGGAAUAUUUGUUCAAAGUUUCUAAAAGUCUGACAGACUUUAAGUCCUUGAAGCAGAAGCACACAGCCUCACAUGAUUCUUCACGAGCAGCUUAAAUUACAUUAUUAUUUCAUUACGUUUGUCUAAUUUAGGAAGACUGAUGCUGCUGGUUUGGAUACUUGUGGAAUUUACUGGAGUAGUUAUGUCUUAAAUAUCCUUAAAAGAAAAAGCAAAAAAAA